UAGUUCCUGGUUCGCCGGCGGCCAUUUUGGGUGGAAGCGAUCCCUGAGUGGCGGCGGCUGCUGCUGAUUGUGUUCUAAGGGUCGGAGUGGGGUCGACGUUUGCUCUACCGGAACAGCUUAGCUCCUUCCUUCCCUUCCAUUACCCGUGGCGCGGAGAGUUGGGGCGGCGGCUGCGUCAGCAAGGGCGGUGGCGGCGGCGGCGGCGGCAGCUGCAGUGACAUGUCCAGCAUGAAUCCCGAAUAUGAUUAUUUAUUCAAGUUACUUCUGAUUGGAGACUCUGGGGUUGGAAAGUCUUGCCUUCUCCUUAGGUUUGCGGAUGAUACCUAUACGGAAAGCUACAUCAGCACAAUUGGUGUGGAUUUCAAGAUACGAACCAUAGAGCUAGAUGGGAAAACAAUCAAGCUCCAGAUAUGGGACACAGCAGGCCAGGAAAGAUUUCGAACAAUCACUUCCAGUUAUUACAGAGGAGCCCACGGCAUCAUAGUUGUGUAUGAUGUGACAGAUCAGGAGUCCUUCAAUAAUGUUAAACAGUGGCUGCAGGAGAUAGAUCGCUAUGCCAGUGAAAAUGUCAACAAGUUGUUGGUAGGGAACAAAUGUGACCUGACCACAAAGAAAGUAGUAGACUACACAACAGCAAAGGAAUUUGCAGAUUCCCUUGGAAUUCCAUUUUUGGAAACCAGUGCUAAGAAUGCAACGAAUGUAGAACAGUCUUUCAUGACGAUGGCAGCUGAGAUUAAAAAGCGAAUGGGCCCUGGAGCAACAGCUGGUGGUGCGGAGAAGUCCAACGUGAAAAUCCAGAGCACUCCAGUCAAGCAGUCAGGUGGAGGUUGCUGCUAAAAUUUGCCUCCGUCCUUUUCUCACAGCAAUGAAUUCGCAAUCUGAACCCAAGUGAAAAAAACAAAAUUGCCUGAAUUGUACUGUAUGUAGCUGCACUACAACAGAUCCUUACCGUUUCCACAAAGGUCAGAGACUGUAAAUGGUCAAUACUGACUUUUUUUUUUAUUCCCUUGACUCAAGACAGCUAACUUCAUUUUCAGAACUGUUUUAAACCUUUGUGUGCUGGUUUAUAAAAUAAUGUGUGUAAUCCUUGUUGCUUUCUUGAUACCAGAUCGUUUCCCGUGGUUGGUUAGGAUAUAUUUUGUUUUGAUGUUUAUAUUGGCAUGUUUAGAUGUUGGGUUUAGUCUUCUGAAGAUGAAGUUCAGCCAUUUUGUAUCAAACAGCACAACCAGUGUCUGUCAGUUUCCAUGCAUAAAGUUUAGUGAGACGUUAUAUGUAAGAUCUGAUUUGCUAGUUCUUCCUUGUAGAGUUAUAAAUGGAAAGAUUACACUAUCUGAUUAAUAGUUUCUUCAUACUCUGCAUAUAAUUUGUGGCUGCAGAAUAUUGUAAUUUGUUGCACACUAUGUAACAAAACUGAAGAUAUGUUUAAUAAAUAUUGUACUUAUUGGAAGUAAUAUCAAA